GUGGCUCUUAUGAGCCAUGCUGUGCGACCACACUGGCGAUGAUAAUCGGCGAUUGCAAACAUCGUCCUUCACGACUCAAUCCUCCACCAUCUUGCACCUACAUCAUGACAUUCUAUCACCAAACGCGUAGUCCUUCUCCCCUCUCAGGGCGGUCUAGGAAGCCCUGUGGCACAGAACGGUCCUCCGCGUCUGCCCCGAAACCUCGAGGAGGCGCAUCUGGCUUGAUCAAGAAACUGUUCACACUCAACCUUGCGCGCAAGGUUGAUCCUCCGGAGACCUCGAGGUACAACCCAAGACCUUAUCCACAGGCUGAGAGCUCCAGCUGCGCGUCGGGCCAAUAUGAGAGAGAUACACUCGUACAACGCGUUUCCGAGGCUUUACUGUCCAUGAAACGUCAUGCUCGGGCAGACUCUGUGUCGUCAAUCUCGAGCUACUCUUCAAGUGGCACGCCUGGCAUGGACUUCGAUUCGGCAUCUGGAACAUCAACGCCUCUUAGCAGUGGUGUCUGUACGCCUGUCACGCCUGGUUCCUUCCAAGGCUCUCCAGCAUCUAGGAAGUUCAAAAGGGAGAGAAGAGCCAGCCAUGGUUCUAACUACUCUGACGAUUCGGGAAUUGUGAUAGACGGCCACAACACAAGGCAUCUAAUCUUCAAAGAGCCUACGCAGCCGUACAUUGAGAGACCCGUUGCGCGUGUUGAACCAGUUCGAGAGCCUUUGGCUCUCAUUGAUAUCUCUUGCCAGCCCUAUCGUAGGCCCCUCAAACGCCCCGCUCGCUCAAAGGCUUCUGUCUUGCGUGCCGCGUUGUGUCAACCUCCCGCAUCCACACCACGACCGAUGUUUAAGGCAUCCCCACCAGCCUCUGUGUCUCCACCACUAUUCAAGUUACCGCCAUUACCGCGAUACAACCCAUACGUUCGACCUCGAGCAGAAUCACUAUCCUCCGCCGUUUGUCACAAACCUGAUCAAGUACAAAACUCGCCGAAGUAUCCUUCUUCGGGCAGUUCGACAAAGCUGUCUCGACGUAACUCUACGCUGUCGGGCUUGUGGACACAUAGGAAGAAGCCAGAAAUGGCACGGACUCGGUCUGACCUCUUCUUUCUGUAGCCUCUGUGCUACAUUGAUGUUGAUGGUGUCUUUUUGAAGUUUCACCAUUAGGACUAAAUUUUAUUAGUUCGGUUGAUUGCCUUUGUUCAGACUAUUCCAUUCGUGUUGCUCGCUGUAGAUUAUAUUCUUCGUACUCGAUUUCUUGUUACCUACUCACUGAAACCCUCGCUCAGGCUGUAAUCUAUCCAUGUUUUGUGAGGCCAACGGAGUACAAACAGUCAGAUACGAAUCUUUCACAAAUGCAUGCGGCAAUGCCUUAUUUCUAUUGAACAGCUAGACGUUCUCGCCUUCCGAAAUUCUCAUCGUAGUGGUGAUCAAUAACUCGAAGUUCUAUUC